AUGCUGCUCAUGGAAAAGCUCCUGGACCCCUCCGCGCUCGCCAGCGGGGGCGGCCUCCGCGGGGCACCCCCGGAGGACGGACCCGCGGCCGCCGCGCCGCCGCCGCCGCUCGUCCAGGAGGUGGACCCCCCCUGCCCGUCGGCCCCAGCGGGGACGUGCGCCGGCGCGGGCCUGGAGCGCCGGGACACAGCGGCGCGGCGGCCGCCGAUGGAGGGCCUCGAGCAGACACCGGAGCCCCAGGCUUGCCGAGCUUCCUGCCCUGGUCCUGGCGCCACGGCCCAGGCCGCGCCUCCGUCGAGCACGGAGCCGGAGCGCGCUCGCCCGAGCGGGGAGCUGGUGCUGCAGCCGUCGGCGGCCUCCGCUGCGCCGGCGACGGGUGACGCGCGGGAGUCUCCGGAGCGCGUCGAGCCAGUGGGCGCGGAGCACCACGCUUCGGCGGCGGCUUCAGCGGGGUCUGCGGGGCCAGCUGCCCCAUGUGCCGAUCCUGAGGUGGCGUGGUGCGCCGCCCGUGCGUCUGCAGACGAGGCGCUCGCGGCCGCUGGCGCGGAGCCCCUGGCGGCCUGGGUCGGUCAGGUGCCGGAGGCAGAGCUGGAGGGUGCACGACUGGCCGAGGCGGCUGCGGCGCAAGAGCCCGACAGCCCGUCUGAAGACGACUGCGUCGAGGUGCUGCCCGUGGCGGACUGGUUGUGCAGGGAGGUCUGUGCUGCUCUGGCAGACGUCCAGGCUGGUGCGGGCCGGAGCGGGUCCGCUUUGCUGGUGCUCGCGCCGCCAGCCGGAGGCGAGUUGCUGGGCGGCACCUCUGAUGUUGAGAGGUUGACCGCCGAUAUCAGUCUCGCAGCGCAGCGCGCGCUGCUCGAGGCGCCCGUGGACGAUGUGGCGGUCCGUCGCAUCGCCCCGGGCGCCGCCGAGCUGUCCAGGUUGGGCGGCGAGUUCUUCAGCAGCCUAGGGGCCCAGGCGUGGGCCGUGGCGGUGGGGACGCGAGAUGUUGACGACCGCUUCGAUGUCCUGCUGGACCUGGAGGUGUUCGACAGCUUGGCAGCGCGCGAUAGUUGCGCCUUUGGGGAGAUGGCCCUUGCCGCGCUUUGGCCCGGGGGGCUCCUGCUGAGUGCCUCGGAGGAGCAGGCGUCUUACGGCCCACUGCGGCGGACCAUGCACGCAUUGCGCCCUGCGGUGGAGCCGCGAGUGGCUGCGACGCCCGUGCCAGGCACGAGCUUUGCGCUGCACGUCUUCCGCAAGGCAUCUGUGGGCUGCGCAGACAGGCCAGACGCCGGGUCACACCCAGCACGCGCCAGUGCCGCCGCGAAGGCCCGCGCUGCCGCUGGCAGGUUCGACGGCAGGAGCCUCAUGGAGCCCGUCGCCUCUCGCGCCAUUCCGACGGCAGAGCGCUACCUGCAGGAUCUGCAGCAGGCGCGGGCCGCGGCGGCCGCGUCGGAGGCGGAGGCCGCACACAGCCGCGGCGUGAGGUACUCUGCCGCGGAGGAGAGUGAGCCGCCGGAGUGGAUCUCCGACGCGGUCGAGCUGGCACUGCUGGCGGGUCGGGGCCGUGGUGUGGUGGCGGCCAGGGCCGUGGAGGCCGGCGAGGUCCUGGGCGUCUCGCGCGCGCUGUGCCUGUUCCCCGUGGCCGACGCGGCACGCGCUGCGGCGGCCUGGCUCGCGGAGGCCACGCCUCGCCAGCGCCUGCAGCUGGGCGCCCUCCACGACGGCUCCGGCAGCCCAGGGGUGCCGCCCCGGGAGCUCUUCGGGCAGGCUCCGCAUCCCGAGGCGCCGGCGUGCGCGCCCGACGCAGGAGGGCUCGGCCUGGAGCGCAUGUGCCAGAUCUUCCGCUUCAACGCCGUUCGCGCAGACAGGCUCUGGGCCGCCGCCGAGCGCGACGCCGGCGGCCUGCUGCGGGGCUCCGCCUCUUCCCCAGAGGGCGGCGGCGAGGUGUCCGGCAUCUGGCCGCUGGUCUCGCUGGUGAACCACUCCUGCCUGCCGUCCGCCUGCUGCGUGCCCCUCACGCGGCGCACCGUGGCGCUGGUGGCCACGCGCCCGCUGCCCGCAGGCGCGGAAGUGACCCAGCGCUACCUGUCGCCGCUGGCGCCGCGCGGCGAGCGGCAGGCCGAGCUGAGGCGCGCGAAGGGCUUCGACUGCGGGUGCGCGCGCUGCGUGGCGGAGCUGGAGGCGCUGCCGGCAGAGCUGGCGCGGCGGCUCGCCGAGCUGCAGGCGAGGGCGGCGGAGAUAGAGUCCGAGGAGGGCCUGCUGGAGGCGCUGCGGCGCCUCGCGGCCGUGGCACGCGAGGAGCUCGAGGCCGCGGCCGACCGCUGGCUUCGGGCUGCCUCGCGGCGCGGCGUCGGGGCACCCGAGGCAGACUUCCGAGCCCUGGUCAAG